AUGGGCGCUGCAGGCAUCGUUCAGAGAUGCACUGCUAUCAAGUACCACUUUUCCUAGCUGGUAUAUUUGCAUAACAUCCGCUUCAACCUGAUGAAGAUGAUCCACCAAGACGAAUGGCAUUUGUGCCACUUGAGAAAGAUCACGGCCGUGGCUGCAGAUGUUCUCUGCGAGUGCAUCAUGGCAGCAGUCAGCUUCUUCUGGGAGGAAAGCCUCACCCAGCGCAUUGCAGGUCUGCUGUUCCUGGGGACAGGAACAUUUUGCAUUGUAUCUCUGUGCACUUAUGCAGCCAGCAUAUCAUAUGACCUAAACCACCUCCCCACAUUCAUCUCUAAUCUUCCCAGUGAUGUAGAAUAUGGAUACAGCUGGUCUGUAUUUUGUGCUUGGUGCAGUCUGGGAUUUACAGUAGCAGCUGCGUGCCUUUGCACAGCUUACCCGUUUGUUAGCAGGGGCAACAUUAUGCAGCCUCCGUACAACUGCCCACCUGCCACUAACACCCUUCAGUGA